GCGCCAUAACAGCUGUUGACGCACGUGUAUGCGUUAGGAGCACGUGAUACAUGUUGCACAUGUUGAGUUUAUGUAAAAACUCGCUAGAAUGUCAUUCGAUAAGAUUGUAUAGCCUUGUUUUUUGUAAUUCUUUGGUAUCUUAUUGCGGCGCAAUAAAGUAGAAAGCUGAGAAAUCUUCCCAAGUUAUUAUGAAAGAAAACAAGAUAUCCGGUGAUUAGAUAACAUUAUCAAUAACUGAAUACUAUAUAAGUGCGAUAUAGCAGUUCUGAGCAGUUCUGAGCAGUGUCAAGUCUCGCUGUUUGCUAGUGCACCGAUUUUCAAGAUGAAUUCAAAGGUGGAACCUCUAGAUCCGUCCAAACUAAACACCACGUCAAGAGCAUUGCAUCAACCACCUCUCGAUGAGUUAAUGAACGUCCUAGCAGGAGGUUUGACUGCAAACUUUGAGGAGGCCACUGUUGAAAUGGCUGAUUGUCCAAAUUUCAGCGGACGUCCUUAUUAUUUUUUUAAAGAAGGCUUGUGUGGUAAUCCAAUUAUUUUGGAAGUUGGUAGUCCAUCAUAUCUUCUACCAACUGUUCAGAGGGACAAAUAUUACGAUAUAAAGUCGUUAUUGCAACAGUUAAAUUAUAAUCAUGAUACUCUCAUUAUCGGCGCAGGAGCUGGCGCAUGGCCACUUAGAGACAGCAAUUGCGAGCUUAUUAUGAAGUUAAACUUGAAGUUAAAUGAUAACUUCCAAGUGCGAAACGGAACGCAUUAUGCAUUUGUAGAUAAGAACAAUCAAGGUUGCAAACUAGAGCGAUUAGCAGAGAAUGAUAAUAUAACAACUUUCGCAUUGUUGGCCAAUCUGUAUGUGUGCGAGGGCAAACCGGGGAAAGUUAUUAAAGUACGCGCUAAAAAACGUACAGGCAAGCUGGACUUUAUAGCAUGUAUGCAGAAAGCGUUGGAAAAACAUUACGAGAAUAAGCUCGUAGGUUUGGGUGGCAUGUUUGAAAUGAAGAAUGGAAAAGUGAAGCAGCACAUUAUGCCAGAUUUUUCGGACACCCCGUUGACUACCGAGGCCGACCUUAACAACUGGUUACGUUUCUACGACAUGGAAACUCCUCUGAUAGCUGUUGGCACAUUUGUCAGCGCAGAAACAGAUUUAGAUCUUAGGGUUCAGCAUUUCCACAGUGCCUUUGAUAAGGACCCUGGGCUGGGUGGGCAUUAUCACAUCGAUACAACGCCGGAUACUAUUGAGUACGAGGGCUAUUUCAAUGUAGCAACUACGCUUUAUCGUGUCGAUCAGCCGCCUAAUAAAGUGCAGUUUGGGAAAGAUUAAACUUGUAUAUAUGUAUAUACAUCAGUUCCAACAAAAUUUUACUUUACCAAAUAACUUUAUGCCGAUAAAAUUAUCGCGAGCAACAAAAACAAUUAUUAAUUAUAUUUUUUGUUAGAAGUUAUAUAAAUUUAUAUAGACAUUCCAGUUUAUACGAUUAAAAAAUAAACAUAUUUGUUUAAAGAAU